AUGGCUGAAUGUGGGAAGGUGCACGUCGCAGAUUCAGAUCUAAGUCAGUUCUGCUGUUCGGUGUGUUUGGACAAGUUAAAGGACCCGGUCACCAUCCCCUGUGGACACAGUUAUUGUAAAAGCUGUAUUGGGGGUUUCUGGGACCAGAGUGAGGAGAAGGGAAACUACAGCUGUCCUCAAUGCAGAGAAACUUUCAGUCCCAGACCUGCUCUGAGGAGGAACAACAUGCUAGCUGAGGUAACAACAUGAAAUGCUAUCAGUCACACUGACAGCAGAAAUUAGACUAUUGUAUUGAGUUGAAAUCUAUAUGCAUUGAACCUACCUGUCUAUAACUAGUGUUACAUCUACUCGGUGUUUACUUCAGCCAUAGGGAAGAGUGCAUUUUUCAUAUUUUGGAUCACUACAUCAAGGCAAUCAUGGUAAUGUCUCUAACUAGUGUAUCUGCAUAUAUGUCAAGAUGUUGUGCAUCCCUGAAAACCAACAGAAUGAGUGUGAACAUAACUGUCUUGAUAAUAUAGCAUGCCAAAAAAGUGGUCUCCUAUGUAUAGUAUAUACAGUCUAUGGACCCCCUUCUUCACCCCAGUCCUCCGUCACCUUCACUCUCCCUAAAUAACAGUCACUUCUUCACAUUCAUGUGUAUUUUUAUCUAUUAUAUGCUAUUUAACUAGUACAAUAAUUAUUUUUAUUGCGCACAACUGUUGAAAAGCUGUUUUGUAAAAAGGCAUUUUAACAUGAGAAUGACUUUAAGUGAUUCAGAACACUCAUAGCUGUAUUUUUGAAAAGAAAAAGUAACACAUUUCAACAAUCUGAACUGAAACUCUGAUCCUCUCAUCAGACUCCUUUACUUUCUCAGUUACCCCAUAACUACUAUUAUGAUGUUAAUGGUCCUCUAAGCUAAAAUGGCUGACUUCUAUGCUUGGUUGUGGUUCUAAUGAAACUUAAGACAGACUAAAUUCACUUUCAAGAGUAAAAAAUGUGUUUUUUGGGAAAUAAAUGUCUAACCCCUUCACCCAUGUGCUUCUAACCUUCACAGACUCCAUGAAUUGAUGUCCAUCUCCUAAAUAUUUGGUCACAUGAUCAAUUUCUUUUACUAUUUCCAAGAAACAGGAGGUGGCUCAACUUACCCUUUGGCUCAACUUCAACUGGUUAUAAUCUGCUGUCAGAAACGCACAAGGGAAAAUACAAGAAGAUGCAAGCAGUCAGACUGUUUUUGUUGGACCUGUUAAGCUUGGGAUAAUCAGAGAGCUGAUGGGAGUGUUGAGUGAACAGGGUUACUGACCGAAGUCCUUGUUUUAUUGCCUUUAGGUUGUUGAGAUGUUGAAGAAAACAAGUACCCAGCAGGCGUCUUCCUCUUUAACUGAGGCCGCUACCAGCCGUUCAGACAUCCCCUGUGACUUCUGUGAGACCAAUCCCAAUAAAGCUACUAUGUCCUGCCUGACCUGUGUGGCCUCCUACUGUCAAGAUCACCUCAAACCUCACUACAGCGUUCCUGUGCUGAAGAAACACCAGCUGGUCCCGGCUACAGUCCCCCUGCAGGAAAAGAUGUGCAGCAAGCACAACAAGCUGAUGGAGAUCUACUGCAGGACAGACAAGAAGUGCAUCUGCUAUUUGUGCAUGGUAGACGAGCAUAAGAGUCAUAGUACUGUGUCGACUGCAGCUGAGAGAGAAGAGCAACAGGUAGGGAAAACCUUUAAAGCAACUUGUUGAUUUUGAUAAUGUGUGACUAACUUUAAAAUCAGCUCUUAAUGAGUUUGCUUUGACAAUUUCUUACAGAAACAGCUGACAGUGAGGCAAAAGGAAAUUCAGGAGAAGGGAGAAAAGAGAGAAAAGGAGCUGACAGCGCUGCUUGAAGUGCUGAAAGACUUUAAGGUUUGGAGAUUUAGUAGUUUCACCACUGUCUGUUGUCUGAUAGAUUUCAGUCCAUUGAGAUAUGCUUCUUCUUUCAUUAAAUGUUAUUUGAAUUUCAUUUUAACCAGUAAAACCUCAUUGAAGUUAAAAAUCUCUUUUACAAGGGUGUCAUUGUAAAGCAGCAGCAAGUCCCUACAAAGCUACACACAGAAAAAACAUCAUUUAAAAAUGUAACACAUAUCCUGAGUCAUAUAACAGAAAUCAUCUUUCAGGGAUACCAGUUCCCUCACAUCCAAGUUCUCUUGUUGCAAAUCUCUUGAGAGAUUUCUGUCUCUUUCAAAAUCUGUUUUUAACCAUUUCAAGACAUUUUGACCCAAAACAGAGCCCUGUGGCACACCAUUUAUAAUUUCUAGAGGAACAAAGAUGAUGCCUUUUGCUGUCAGAAAAGUAAUUUUCAAACCAGAAGACAGAUUGUUCAAUAUUUUCUUUGAGAUCAAAAUCUUUCGACAAGUCAAUAAAAAGUGCUUAUUGUCAAAGGACUCAGUAACAUCACUGACCACCUUCAAAACCGUUGUUGUUGUGCUGCUUUAUUUACGAUCUGACAAUGCAAAUAGUAAGGACAACCAAAAAUCAAAACAAACCUUUGCUUUUGAACAGAUGUGCAGCCAGACUACAGUGGACACCAGCGAUAAAAUCUUCGAUGAGAUGAUCUCAUCCUUAACGGAAAAGCGCGCCCUGGUGAAGCAGCUGAUAUUGUCCCAGGAGAAGAAGGUGGAGGCCCAGGCUGAAGGGCUGCAGCUACAGCUGGAGGAGGAUAUCUCCAAGCUGAGGAAGAGAGACACAGAACUGCAACAGAUUUCCAAUAUUGAUGACCACGUCCACUUCAUCCAGGUACCAGCCAAUGAUCAACUUUAUAACGCUCCAUCUAAACAGGUACACUGCAUGAUGCUCAUGUUGUGAGCUGACUCUCUGGUGAAGAGUAGUUCUCCAUAUCCAUUGUUUAUGGCCAGUGGCUUUGGAAAGUGAAAGUGGCACCCCAAAAUAUGAGUGCAGAUGAAAAGUACACUGACCUCUACUCUGGACUUGAGUAGACCAGCAGCAGAUUGCAUGGCACCCAAAUCCUCACAGAUUGGAAAACUUCAAGCAUUUUGGAUCCUGUGCCUUUUCGAUCUUCCUCCAGACUCUGGGACCUUGAUUUCCUAAUGAGGUGCAAAAUUGACUUGCAUCUGAAAACCUUUUCUACCCUCCUGUCAACUUUCCAUGAAUCUGCUUUCAUACAGCACUCUGUAAACAGCCAGCCUUUUCAGCAAUGACCUUCUGUGGCUGACCAUUCUUGUAGAGGGGGUCAAUAAUCAUCUACUGGAUAACUGUCAAGUCAGCAGUCUUCCUUACAGGCUGAAACAGAGUGUUUUAUUUGCUAUAUUGCAUGUCAUAUUAUAAAAUGCCCCAAGUUAAGUAGCUUAGUUGAUACUAAAAGCUUCUGAGAUGCUUGACCCAGAGUAACCUGGCUAACGCGCCACGCUACUGAGUUUCACCGUGAGUUGUGAUGAUCAUUGAAAGUCUGGACGCUGUUCCUCAGAUUCAGCAACCCAAAAAUUUAUGAACAUAACCAAAUCCAUUUUCCAAUUGAUAUCCAACACUGAACAAACAAGGAAAACGCCGGCAGUUAGCGCCAGGACGGUCAAAAUCUUUUGCCCUUCCAGGUCAAACACCUACCCACAACAGUGACAUGGCUAUCUUUGUUCCUGAGCCCCCCAGACAACAGGACAGCGACACCACAGGCCCACAAAGUGAACUGCACUCAUAAUUUGUAUUAAAGCAAAAUAUUUGGCUCCUACACCAAGAGAGAAGGAGAAUUGAGGUUUAUAUCCACCUGUAAAGCCAGAAAAGUCAGUGGAACCCUCCUGGCUGUAACACUGAUCAUGCCUUGCUCAUUGGCUGAUUCACUUGUCCGUCUUGUGCUCUGUUUAAUGUUUGGUUCCCCUUCUCCUGCUGGUACAAGGGUCAUCAUUUUACCCCUUUUUUUAAUCAGGGUGAAGUUUCUUCCUGUUUCUGUUUCUCUGUCAUCAAAUAUGUGAGUGUGCGCUCAACGAAGCUAGAGCAUGACAGUUUUUAGUCUUCCUAACUGUACUCUGGUCUCUGACUUUUUGAAUCCACUCCAGACUUUCCAGUCGCUGUCUGCCGCCUGUGAAUCUUCAGACCUGCCGAAGGUUCCUGUCGUCUAUCCGCAACACACACUCCAAACUGUGACUGACAGCAUGUCCAAGAUGAGAGACGGUAUGGAGAGCCUCAUGAAAGAAAUGUGGCCACAGGUAACAGCCAAAGGUAACUGUAAAGCAUGAAAAUACAUGAUAAUAUAGAGUUGUGAAAAUGUCAUAUUUGAGUCUUAUGGUAUCUUUGUUUUGUUGUUGUUUUUAGUGUCGUCCAUACAUGGUUGGAUGCAGCCUGAGCCAAAGACUAGAGAAGAGUUUUUAAGCUGUGAGUAAAUUUUGAGUGUUUAUUUAAAGUUCCAUAAAUGAAGCAUAUUCACUGAGAUUUGAGUUUUAAAAACUGUCAUGUCAACAUUACUUUCUCUGUUUUCUCCUGUCAGAUUGCCGUCCUCUCAAACUGGAUGGGACCUCAGUCUCUCCAGAGAUGACUCUUUCACAGAAAAGAUUGCGGGUGACAUUACAUCCAGAAGUGAUACCUUUAGGUAAUGAUUAUCCAGGUCGAUAUAUCUUACGGAGGAACACAGAUACCGAGCAGGUGUGGUGCAAAGAGGCUCUGACAGAGCAGUGUUACUGGGAGGUCAAUCUUCAUGGCACUAUUUGGUGUGUGGCGGUGUCCUACAAAGACAACAGUGAAACAUCCACUUCUCAGUCUGAGUUUGGACUUGAUAACAGGUCGUGGAGCCUUGAGUGCUCCUAUCAAGGUUGCUCCUUUCAACACAACAAUGAAAACAUUCAUGUGUCGGACCGUCGGUGCUGGAAGAUCGGAGUGUACUUGAACUACUCACAAGGAACUCUGUCGUUUUAUGGCAUCUGUGGUAAGAAGAUGACUUUGCUCCACAAAGUAGACGCCACCUUUACUGAACCUGUCCAUCCUUGCAUUGGGUUCAAGGACAAUGGUAGUAACAGAGGUGCUACCUUUUAUGCAGAAUUGGUCAAGUUAUGGAGGUGACUUCUUUCAGGUUAGCAUCUACACACCACUGUUGAUCCGGCUGUCACAAACUAUUCUCUGGGCUCAAAGGCAGUUCUGUCAUGCUGGUGUGUUUGAGGUUGUGACAUGUAAAACUGUUGAAGAAUCUAAUAAAGCCUUAUCAUGUCAUGACAUGGCUCCAAGCCUGAUCAGCAAAUAAAGACGUAACGAAAAGUGAAAAGUUUGAGGCUCAUCUUUUAAAGGGAUAUUCCGGCGUAAAAUUGAUUUAGGGUCAAACACACCGUAACACCGAGUUAGACACCCUGUCAAGAGAUGAAUGUUGCCAACCGCUUGCUUCUCUAGUUCUACCAACUUUAGUAACGACCGUACGAUAGCAAUACACAGCGGCCUCAGGAGCGGUCGGCAACAUUCAUCUCUCGAGGGAGGUGUCUCACUUGGUGUUACUGUGUGUUUGACCCUAAAUUAAUUUUACGCCUGAAUAUCCCUUUAAAUGACUAAUUAGCCAACAUAAGGUAACAGAUAAGCAUUUUACCACUAGAUGGCUCAGAUUACCUCUGGCUACUUAUUUAAGUCUUUUUUUACCUUGUCAUUUAGCCAAUGUAUCGUCAUGAAUGUAUCAUCUGUCAAUUUUAGAGUAGUCAAAACUCCUAUAGAGUUUUCAUUUUAACAAAAUCCCAGGGACAUUUUCUUUAGGUUUUUCAGCACUAGGGGGCGCAGUUCUCUCUCUUCACAGAUCUGGCGCCGCUCAUGUUGGGCUUCACUCAGUAUCUCACCAACGACCAAACCCUGUUGUGAAGAAACGAAACUUAACAGAGUGAACAUGGCUGAAUGUGAGCAGGAACGUAGUGCCGACUCUGACCCGAGUCAGUUCUGCUGUUCGGUGUGUUUGGACCAGCUGAAGGACCCGGUCACCAUCCCCUGUGGACACAGUUAUUGUAAAAUCUGUCUUGAGGGUUUCUGGGACCAGAAUGAGGAGAAGGGAAACUACAGCUGUCCUCAGUGCCGAGAAACCUUCAGACCCAGACCGGUUCUGAGGAGGAACAACAUGCUUGCUGAGGUACGUACCUGUUCAGAGUAAAACUACGACAUUUUAGAGCCGUUCAUUUGAAAUGAAAGUUAACGGAUUUAAAAAAGAUUGAGUUCCUCACAGGCAUCUGUUCAGGUCGAAAGUGUUAAAGUUCAAACUCAAUAAAAUUUGUUAAAACUCCGUUAAAAGUUAAAAACGAAAUAAAAAAAAUAUCCAGUUAAAGCGGUUUUAUAAAAUUAGUUUUUAAACAAGUUUUAAAAGUGGAAAGCACGAGAAGACAUAGGGGAAAGUGAGGUAAGAUGAGACAUUUUUCAUAUUUCGGAUCACUACAUCAAGGCAAUCAUAGUUUUGUCUCUAACUAGUCAAUCUGCAUAUAUUUCAAGAUGUUGUGCAUCCCUGAAAACCAACAGAAUGAGUGUAAACAUAACUGUCUUGAUAAUAUAGCAUGCCAAAUAAAAAGUGGUCUCCUAUGGUCAACUCACCCUGUCUAUGGGGUAAGUUGGAAAUAAAUGUUUAACCUCUUCACUCAUGUGCUUCUAACCUUCACCGACUCCAUGAAUUGACGUCCAUCUCCUAAAUAUUUGGUCACAUGAUCAAUUUCUUUUACCAUUUCCAAGAAACGGGGUGAAUCAACUUACCCUUUGGCUCAACUUACCCCACUUUCCCCCACUGGUUAUAAUCUGCUGUCAGAAACGCACAAGGGAAAAUACAAGAAGAUACAAGCAGUCAGACUGUUUUUGUUGGACCUGUUAAGCUUGGGAUAAUCAGAGAGCUGAUGGGAGUGUUGAGUGAACAGGGUUACUGACCAAAGUCCUUGUUUUAUUGUCUGUAGGUUGUUGAGAUGUUGAAGAAAACAAGUACCCAGCAGGCGUCUUCCUCUUUAACUGAGGCCGCUACUAGCCGUUCAGACAUCCCCUGUGACUUCUGUGAGACCAAUCCCAACAAAGCAACCAUGUCCUGCCUGAACUGUGUGGCCUCCUACUGUCCAGAUCACCUCAAACCUCACUACAGCGUUCCUGUGCUGAAGAAACACCAGCUGGUCCCAGCUACAGUCCCCCUGCAGGAAAAGAUGUGCAGUAAGCACAACAAGUUGAUGGAGAUCUACUGCAGGACAGACCAGAAGUGCAUCUGCUAUCUGUGCAUGGUAGAUGAGCAUAAGAGUCAUAGUACUGUGUCAACUGCAGCUGAGAGAGAAGAGCAACAGGUAGGAACUUAACUCAGAAUUUUUGGACUCUGGAUCAGGUGUGAUCAUCUUAGACAUUUACUCAAUGAGUUUGAUUUGACAAUUUCUUACAGGAACAGCUGACAGUGAGGCAACAGACAGUCAAGAGGAGAGAAAAAGAGAGAGAAAAGGAGCUGACAGAGCUGCUCGAAGCCCAGAGGGAUUUCAAGGUUUGGAAAUUCAGAAAUUUCUUUGCUUUUGACUCGUCUAGAAGAUGUAGCUUCUUUCAGGCUUCAGAACAUAUCUGGGUCAGACAAGUCUUUGAAGUGGAAAGUUAUAAAAUUUGACCAGUUGAUAGCUGGUUUUCACUCUAGUAUGUCCAGUAAAUAUUCAUAUAUCAAUGAAGUGUAAAUUUGAGGAAUGCUCAUCAAACACCUAUUUAGAACAUCCUACAGGUGAGCAGGCUAAUUGGGAACAGGUGGGUGCCAUGAUUGGGUAUAAAAGCAGCUUCCCCAAAAAUUUUCAGUCAUUCAUAAGCAAGGGUGGGGCGAGGUUCACCGCUUUGUGAACAACUGCGUGAGCAAAUUGUCGAACAGUUUAAGAGCAACGUUUCUCAAAGUACAAUUGUAAGGAAUUUAGGGAUUCCAACAUCUACGGUCCAUAAAAUCAUCAAAAGGUUCGGCGAAUCUGAAGAAAUCACUGCACAUAAGCGGCACGGCCGGAAACCGACAUUGAAUGCCCGUGACCUUCGAUCCCUCAGGUGGCACUGUAUCAAAAACCGACAUCAAUGUGUAAGUGUGUAAGGAUAUCACCACAUGGGCUCAGGAACACAUCAGAAAACCACUGUCAGUAAAUACAGUUCGUCGCUACAUCUGUAAGUGCAAGUAUAAACUCUACUAUGCAAAGCAAAAGCCAUUGAUCAACAACAUCCAGAAACGCUGCCGGCUUCUCUGGGCCCAAGCUCAUCUAGGAUGGACUGAUGUAAAGUGGAAAAGUGUUCUGUGGUCUGACGAGUCCACAUUUCAAAUUGUUUGUGAAAGUAGUGGACGUCAUGUUUUCCGGGCCAAAGAGGAAAGAACCAUCCGGACUGUUAUCAACGCAAAGUUCAAAAGCUAGCAUCUGUGAUGGUAUGGGGGUGCAUUAGUGCCCAAGGCAUGGGUAACUUACACAUCUGUGAAGGCAACAUUAAUGCUAAAAAGUACAUACAGGUUUUGGAGCAACAUAUGCUGCCAUCCAAGCGACAUCUUUUUCAUGGACGCCCUUCCUGCUUAUUUCAGCAAGACAAUACCAAGCCACAUUCUGCACGUGUUACAACAGCGUGGCUUCGUAGUGAAAGAGUGCGGGUACUCUACUGUCUCCCAUUGAAAAUGUGUGGCGCAUUAUGAAGCGUAAAAUACGACAACGGAGACCCCGGACUGUUGAACAACUGAAGCUGUACAUCAAGCAAGAAUGGGAAAGAAUUCCACCUUCAAAGCUUCAACAAUUAGUCUCCUCAGUUCCCAAACGUUUACUGAGUGUUGUUUAAAGGAAAGGUGAUGUAACACAGUGGUAAACAUGCCCCUGUCCCAACUACCUUGGCACGUGUUGCAGCCAUGAAAUUCUGAGUUAAUUAUUAUUUGCAAAAAAAAAAUAAAGUUUAUGAGUUUGAACAUUAAAUAUCUUGUCUUUGUUGUGUAUUCAAUUGAAUAUGGGUUGAAAAGCAUAAGCAGAUCAUUGUAUUCUGUUUUUGUUUACGCUUAUCACAAUUUCCCAACUUCAAUGGAAAUCGGGUUUUGUAUUUCCAAACAGUAUUUUUGCUUCAUGUGUGCCAAGAACUGUGAGCUUGAAACACCUCUGAUUAAAAAGUUAAUUACAAAGAAUAUAUCAAAUUUGAACAAAUCUUUGUUUGUUUGUGUUUUUACAGAUAUGCAGCCAGACUGCAGUAGAGUCCUGCGACAGGAUCUGUGAAGAGAUGAUCCUGACAAUGAAGAAUAGCGUCACUUUGGUGAAGCAGAGGAUCGUAGCUCAGGAGCAGGCAGCAUUCACUCAUGCUGAGCGGCUGCAGCUACAGCUGGAAGAGGAGGUCACCAAGCUGAGGAAGAGAUUUGCAGAGCUGGAGCAGGUUUCUCAUAUUGAUGACAACACCCAUUUCAUUCAGGUACUAACUAAUAUUCAACCUUGUAACUGAUCAUUAAGUCCGGUAGGUGAAGGAGUGUUAUAUGUCCUUCUCAGAUGUUGAUUUUAUUUGAGAUAAACAUGAGGUAUUUGUACCCCUCACCUCUACUGGGCUUUCCCCAGCACAGGGACGUUGUGGCUCCAGCUGAGAUUAAAAGUGGACUGAUGUGUCUUCAAAAGAUUGUGAAACAGCAAAAAAAAAGUGGUGGAGGGAGGAGAGCAGAGAGAGGGGCAACCAUUAGGAUUUCAGGGUCAUGAUAAAAUACAAGCCAAGGUCUUGAUGAAGGAUGUUAUUUAAAACAUGAAGACUGACUGGUUUUUUAAGAUCAGAGGGAUGGAGAAAGCAUGACGAGAGGCUGUUUCUGUGUAAAAUGUACAGUGCAUCCAGAGAGUUUUCAUACCACUUCACUUUUUCCACAUUUUGUUAUGUUACAGCCUGAUUCCAAAAUGGAUUAAAUUCCUUUUUUCCCUCAAAAAAUCUACACAAAAUACCCCAUAAUGACAAAGCGAAAAACUUUUCUUAGAACAUUUUGCUAAUUUAUUAAACAUAAGACACUCAAAUGUUGCAUAUACAUAAGUAUUCACACCCUUUGCUAUAAAACUCAAAAUUGAGCUCAGGUGUAUCCUGUUUCCACUGAUCAGCCUUGAAAUGUUCCUUUAGCUUGAUUGCAGUCCACCUGUGGCAAAUUUAGCUGAUUGGACAUGAUUUGGAAAGCCACACGUGUCUGUAUAAGAGCCCACAGCUGGCACGUCAGAGCACAAACCAAGCCAUGAAGUCGAAAGAAUUGUCUGUAGACCUCCGAAACAGGGUUGUAUCGGCGCACAGAUCUGGGGAAGGUUACAGAAAAAUAUCUGUUUGGAGCUGGCCGCCUAGCCAAAAUGAACAAGCAGGGGAGAAGGGCCUUGGUCAGGGAGGUGACCAAGAACCCGAUAGUCACUCUGGCAGAGCUCCAGCGUUCCUCUGAGGAGAUGGGAGGACCCUACAGAAGGACCACCAUCUCUGCAGCACUUCACCAGUCAGGCAUUUAUGGUAGAGUGGCCAGACAGAAGCCACUCCUCAGUAAAAAGCACAUGACAGCCCGCUUGGACUUUGCUAGAAGGCACUUGAAGGACUCACAGACCAGGAGAAACAAAAUUCUCUGGUCUGAUGAAACGAAGAUCAAACUCUGGCCUGAAUGCCAAGCGUCAUGUCUGGAGGAAAUCAGGCACCGCUCACCACCUUGCCAAUACCAUCCCUACAGUGAAGCAUGGUGGUGACAGCAUCAUGCUGUGGGGAUGUUUUUCAGCGGCAGGAACUGGGAGACUUGUCAGGAUAGAGGGAAAAAUGAAUGCAGCUUAGUACAUCGAAAUCCUUGAUGAAAACCUGCUCCAGAGCGCUCGAGACCUUCGACUGAGGCGACGCUUCCAGCUUGACAAUGACCCUAAGCACACGGCCAAGAAGACAAAGGAGUGGCUUCAGGACAAGUCUCUGAAUAUCUUUGAGUGGCCCAGCCAGAGCCCAGACUUGAACCUGAUUGAACAUCUUUGGAAAGACCUGAAAGUAGCUGUGCAUCGACGCUGCUGAUCCAACCUCACAGAGCUUGAGAGGAUGUGCAAGGAAGAAUGGGAAAAACUCCCCAAAUCCAGGUGUGCCAAGCUUGUUGCAUCAUACACAAGAAGACUGGAGUAUGUGAGGUGUUGACAGAGUUUUUAAGUGUAUUACAUGAAUGUGUUGCAGUUGUUGACCAAGUUUCUUGUUUUUUCUUUCUUUGUCCUGCUCUGGUCUCUGAUUUAUGGAUUUCUCUGCAGACUUUCCAGUCCCUGUCUGCUUCCUGUGAAUCUCCAGACCUGCCAAAUGGUUGUGUUGUCCGCCCAAAACAUACAUUUAAAUCUGUGACUGACUCCAUGUCUAAGAUUAAGGAGAACAUUGAGGAGCUUCUGGAGGAGAUAUGGCCAGAUAUCAGUACCAAAGGUAUGAUAUGCAGUAUACACACAUAUUGGUUUAAUUUAAGCUCAGUGGUACUAAUGAGUUUUUUCUUUGUUGCUAGUGUCCUCUGUCAAUGUCUUGAUGCAGCCUGAGCCGAAGACUAGAAAAGAGUUUCUACUCUGUGAGUAAAGUUGAGUAUAUUUCUGUCUAGUUGAGACCUGGGUUGUAGAAAAGUCACAUUAUUCUUUUGUCUUUCCAUCAGAUUGCUGUCCUCUACAACUGGACAAGAAUGCUGUCUCCAAAAACUUGGUCCUUUCACAUGGCCACCUGCGGGCAGGGUCCAAGACACAGAAGUACGCUUCUCAGAGCAGUUGGACUGGUUAUGCGACUAAGAGAAUUACAGGUACGGAGCAGGUUUGGUGCAGCGAGGCUCUAACAAAGCAGUGCUACUGGGAGGUGGAUUUGGGUGGUCACACUUGGUGUGUGGUGGUGUCGUAUAAAGACAAAAGCGGUACAUCAUCAUAUCAGUCUGAGUUUGGUAAAGAUGAUAGAUCCUGGAGUUUAGAGUGCUCCAGCGAAGGUUGCUCCUUCAGACACAACGACCAAAGCAUAAUUGUGUCGAGCUCUAACUUCUCCAAGAUCGGGGUGUACCUUGAUUUUCUGGAAGGCACUUUGUCCUUUUAUGAGGUCUCUGGCAUGGCAAUGACUCUACUCCAGAAAGUCGACACCACUUUCACUGAACCUGUAUAUCCUUGCAUUGGGCUUAAGGAUGAUGGAUCUCGAAAAAGCAGCACUUAUUAUGCAGAGCUAGUCAAGCACUGGUGA